GUAUCUAGGCCUAAGGCCCAAUAGAAAUCUACUUUACAUUUGUCAUUUGCAACUUCGACUUGCGAAAACCAUUUCACCAACAGCUGCCAGAGAAUCAUUGAAUCAAAGCAAUGUCCGACAAUAUUCCUCACGAAAUUGUCAGAGAAAUUCUUGAAAGACUGCCUGUCAAAACCCUAGGAGUUUGCUUGUGUGUCUGCAAAUCAUGGCACGCACUGAUCACCAGUGCAUCUUUCAUCACAAACCAUUUUAGCAAAACCCACAAAAACGACAUCAACAAAGGUCGUCGCUUUCUUUUCAAGCACUACGAUCUCAACGACAAAGUGCGAUUUUCUCUGCAUCUCGACAAUGACUCCUUUGAAAAAGUCCGAGAUUUGGAAUUCCCGUUGAAACGCUACUAUCCUGGUUUUCGUAUGGUUGGUUACUGUAACGGCGUCCUCUGUUUAAGCAAUAUUAGGGUUAGUUCGAAUUUCUUUCUCUGGAAUCCAAGUGUACAACAAAAGUGCGUCUCCCUGCCUCCUCACCCUGUCUCCACAUCCCCUGGAUAUCAUAGCCAUGCUGUUGGUUUUGGCUUCGAUUCUUUGUCAAGCAAUUUCAAAGUAGUGAUGCUUUCAUUUGGCGGUCAAUCCUCUGCUAUUCAGGCUAAUGUUUGCUCCCUUAGCACCAAUUCUUGGAAUGACAUUAGUGCGAGGGCAAUUCCUUACAAAGUGAUCAAUUGUCGUAAUAGUGUUUUUGUGAAUGGGGCUAUUCAUUGGAUUGCAUCCAGUGGAAAGAUUAAACGUAGAAAUGAGAUUAAGUGGGGGCGUGAUGCUGAUUCGAUUUUGAUGUUUGAUGUGUCCCAUGACUCCAUGAGGUGUUCGAUAAAAUGUGUCUUCCAGAAUUUUGGCUCGGAGAGCACUGUUUGAAAUCAACCCUGGUAGUAAUUGGAGAACGACUCUCAAUGGUGCGCUUUGGCACCGAUGUCUGUUUCGUAUGAUCGAUGAUGGAGUAUGGUUCUGUGGAUUCUUGGAGUAAGCAGUUCCAAUUUGCUUUGAUGGAUCCAUUUCCCGGGGGCAUAGGCUUUGGGGAGCUUUUGGGCUUGCGUGGAAACCAUGAAUCAGUUUGGGAAAGUAAAAGAGGAUUGCUAUAUUCAUAUCAUCAUGAGGACCGUCAGGUGACAAAACUUGGAAUUCGUGGUUUGAAAUACACAUUUUAUUUGGACACUUUUGUGGAGAGCUUAUUCUUGCUGGACCAAGAGAACAGAGACAUGAUGGAAGAGGAUAUUCAAUCCAAAAGGAGAAAGAAAGAAGAGGCUGCCUAUAGUGUGGAAGGAGCUGAGAUAGAAAAGGGUUCUAAAGUGGAGGUAUGAAGGUCGAGAAUCACAAUGCAGUCGAAGAUGGAACAUCCAUGAACAGGUAGCUGCAAGAUAAAGUUGCUUAUGUUUUUCAAGUAAAUAGGUUUUGUGUGUAAAUGGUGUGUGCAACUAGUUUUGAUGGUAGAAGAUGUAAAACAAAUUGUGUUGGGAUGUUGGAUGAAAGGUAUGAAUUGUCAGUUUAGUCACCGGUCCGACCCCUCUUCCCUGGUGGCUUUCCUUUUCUAUAGAAUUCUUGACUCUGUAAAAAAUGGCAAAUGAAGCUGUAUUUGUGUUUCCUUGGAAAACAGAAGCUGUAUUUGUGAUUGUAUCUCUUAGAAAGUGCUUGUGUAUGUUUGCUUGUGUUGGAGACAACCACUUGACUUGA